CUCACCGCAGAGGUAUUUGGACCAGGAUCAGAGGGUUUUGUUUGUGAUUUGCAGUGUGGCGAGCCUGGUGGGACCCUUAUUAGUGAGGACUGCGUGUGUGAGUGCGCCCGAGGCUGGCGAGGACCGUUGUGCAAAGAGAAGUGCGAAGACCAGAGCGAGAAAUGUAGCCUGUGGGGAAAGUAUCAAUGUAAUUCUCCGUCUGUGGUUAACCUAUGCCCGGCCAUGUGUGGAAAAUGCGCUAUUUUUGGCCCAGGCUCUCCAGGAUUUGUUUGCCAGCUUGAUUGCGUCAACGGAGGGACAAAGAUUUCCAGCAAUGAAGAGUGCAGAUGCGCAUGCGCCAAAGGCUGGGAGGGAGACCAGUGUGAAAUCGUGUGUCAAAAUCAUUAUGAAUUGUGCGAGCCGGAUCCUACUCAGCCCAACCGCGGAUCAUACAAGAAGCACCAAUGCUCCACACAGGAUUUCGUUUAUGACAAGUGCCAUCUGCUGUGUGGGAGAUGCGAAAAGUUCGGUCCGGGUUCUCCUGGUUUUGAGUGUACACUGACGUGCGAAAAUGGUGGAACACUAACCAAUGACGACAGCGGCUGCUUCUGCACAUGUGCAGAGGGCUGGGAAGGCACUAGAUGCGAAGCUCACUGCAGGGACAAGCGUGCGGGUGGUUGCGCAAAGAUUUCGUACGCCUGUAAACGGGCGUCGUACACUACCUACAUGAAGAAGAGUUGCGCCAAGACGUGCGGGCUCUGUGACGUACAUGGCGAAACUCCCCGAAGAUUCAAAGAUUUACCUACAGUAUCACAUGAGGGACCUGGGAUCGAGGUGGCAUUUCUCAUCGAUUGCUCAGGCAGCAUGCGGGUCGAUGCAGAAAGGCAACGGGGUAUACUGCGGGACUACCUGACAUCUUUAGACUACCAAGCGGGUGGGGGCAUGCGGGUGUCCUUCGUCACUUUUGGUAGCGGGGCCAGUGUGCGACUCAACCUGUUCGAUGCCGAUUCCGUACCGCGGGUGCUGCGGAGCCUAGACGAUGUUCGCUAUGAAGGUGGACCAACAAACAUGAAGAAGGCGUUCCAGUUUGCACGACGUCUAGUGUUGGUGCAUUCACGCAAGAAGGCCCGCAAGGUCAUCUUCGUGCUCACAGACGGGUUGUUCACAGGCAAGUCACCCGCCCAACUCGCCACAGCACUCCGCAAAGAAGGAGUCGAGAUAUACGCUUUGAGCUUCAACGAACACUACAUAGCAGACACCAUGCAGGAACUUGUCGACGAUCCCUUGCAUGUAAAGGUUGUAACUUCAGCAAGUGACAUCCCAGCUCCAUAUUAA